CGUCAAAUACCAUCUUCCAUCCAGUCUCGCUUUCUUGUUGUGCAAAUUAAAAAAAAAACCUCUAGGGCUAGGGUCUGGUAAUUGUCUUUUUACAAGAUGUUGGAGGUGGUGUUGAACGACCGUUUGGGAAAGAAAGUGAGAGUGAAGUGCAACGACGACGACACCAUCGGUGACCUCAAGAAGCUCGUGGCGGCACAGACCGGUACCCGGGCCGAGAAGAUCCGGAUCCAGAAGUGGUACACCAUUUACAAAGACCAUAUUACCCUCAGGGAUUACGAGAUUCAUGAUGGCAUGGGCCUCGAGCUCUACUACAACUAAAACAAACAUGUACUGCCGAUGAGUAUGGCAAGGCAUUGUUGAAGAUGAAGCUGCCCCCUACUUUGCUAGUAAUUUCCUACUCUUUGCAAUAAGCAUGAUGCUCUGUGAUUGAUGCACAUAUGCUCUUAUGAAAUAUGUAAAGGUUGCGAUGACUAGACCUGGUCAUGGCAUGUUAACUUGCAGUGUGUUCUGUUUGUGGUACAUCAAGCUCAAUUAUCUGUGAAGUGUUUGUUUUAUAA